CCCCAUCCCAAGCAACAGGGUACAUUGUGCCUGAGAUUCCAGAGCGGAUGAGCGCAGCCAGAACAACAAAAGCCGAAAAGCCCAUGUACGUAAUCCAGUUCGCGGUUGAACAGUGUAUUUCAAUACCACGAGAGCACGACGCAACCAGAUAGAGUAUGCAGAAACCUACUCUCUUGAACUCCGAGUCCCUCUGUGCGGGUUUCAAUCGGAUACCGGUAAGAUUUGUCUCGACUGGUCUGCAGUGCUCUAGCUUUAGUAGGCAUGUUCUGCAGAAAAUAAUAAUUCAGCGUGCUCGAUCUCUCUUUCUUGAUUGGAUAGUAGUUGCGUUACGGGGAGGUACUUUCAUGCCUCCGAUAGCACGUGGUUGUAGGUAG